ACGCGCUCCAGCCGAUCUCACCCGGAUGAGGGCGGAACGAGCCGACGGGAGGGAGCUGCCUGCAGCCCGUGUUUUUGCCUGCGGUCUCGCUGUUCAUUAUCAGCCCAUGAUGCAGUUUAUAUACGCUCUGUUUUUGUUCAUCUGUUUGCUUCAACUGUCCGAUGCUGGUACAACUGGGAAGGCAGACAACCCUGCAAAACCAGGAACUGAUCCAAGUACAGAUAACAACCAGAAUACAGGGGAGAGUAAGGACCCCAAAACACUGAAAAAUGGUGGAAAAGGUACUCUGAGUGAAACCCCUGUCAGAGAAGUUGUACAAGGAGAAAGCAGCAAGGAAGUGAAUGGAAACGAUAAGAAACCUGUGGAGAGCAAGAAUGAUGAAAAGCCACAACCUGCGAAAGGAAAAAACGGAAAUGGGAAGACUAAUGAAGAUGAAAUAAAGAGUGCAGACAAAACCAGUACCGAGAGUAGCAGUAAUGGUACUGAGAAAGGCGGAGGGGAAAAUGCUAAGACAGAUAGUAGCUCAAAAACUAUGUUGGAUAAUAAGGAAGAUGAAUCUGCUGGGCCUGAAAAGAAUGGCAGCGAAACGAAAGAUGAAAAAGAAAAUGCUACCAUGAGGAAAGCCCCAAAAGUACCGCCAGAAGACAGGGGAGGUCAUUCUAAGCAAAAAGGUGGUGGGACUGAUGAAAUUAAUAACAACAAACAACAAAAUGCAGAUUCUGGUGCACUGGAUGCUUCAAGUACAACUCAGAAGCUAAACCCUGCUGGGCAUCUACAGAAUGAGGCAGAGAGCAGCCACUUCUUUGUCUAUCUGGUUACCAUGGCGCUGCUUGUAGCUGUGCUUUACAUUGCCUAUCAUAACAAGCGGAAGAUUAUUGCCUAUGUUGUCGAAGGCAGGAGAUCAAGAACUACCAGGCGGCCAAAAUCUACUGAGUACCAGAAGUUAGAGCAGAAUUUUUAAGAAGGGGAAAAAAAAAACAAGUCACACACAUUUGGAGAAACAUGUCACUGCAGCCGAAGAGUGGAGCAAAAUGGACCUAAUUCUUAGAUUUGCUAUUCGUGAAAGAUGCCUUUUUUCUAGAUGAACUGAAUAUUCCAUUUUUUUUCUCAAUAGUUUUUCAGGUAUGUUUUCCUCAAAUUGCUUAUUUUUGUAUGUUUAGGGGGUAUUCUUUGUGAAAUAUAAAACUAAAUAUAUUUUUGUUUAAUGUUGCUUGCUGCAUGCUUAAGUGGGGAACAGCCUGGCCUUUUAGAAGGGGUUGGUUUAAAAAGGAGCAAAAUAAUCUCGCUACUUUCUCUCAGCUUGAGUGUCACUGAAAGACGGCUGUUUAACCUGUUCAGCCUGCCACUUUUGCAUAAGAUCCACUGGCUGAUUAUAUUUUCUCAGGGUGCUUCUUUACCCAAAAAGAGAUUGGACUUGUGGACUUUGACCGUGGCGUCUAAAUAUUUAUGAAUGUAAUGCAGAGUUUUUAUCAGAAGUUUCAGGAGGGCAACUGUGGAAUAGUAAUGAGUAGAAGAAUUACCAAUAGGGUCAUAAUGGUUUUGGGGAUCCAUUUUGUAUUGCUGUGAGUUUAUGACUGGGAAAAUUCUUACAUUUAGUUAAAAAUAUAUGUUUAAUCAGAGGUAAUGCAAAGAACUUUUGAAUAAUAUUUUAUGUAAAGUACUAUUCAGUCUUGGAAGCACUUGAUUUAAAAAUAAGAUUGGCAGUAGAUAUAUUGUAAAUAAAAAAUAAAAUUAUUAACGGAUCAAAUAUUCAGAUGAAAUAAAAACAGGGAAAUGUUAAUUGUGUUGUUGCAUUUUCAAGUGGGUUUUAUAUGUGGUAUAGAUAUUGAGAGUUGGUUUUUAACUGAAAGUAAUCCAGAUCACUAGAACUUGCUACUGUAAGGUUAUAUCCCAGGCAACAAGAGUUUUGCAUGAAAUUAACUAUUUUGGAAUGCUUGACUGAUCAUGGACCAAAUAUGAAUCAGAAAACAUUUUCACAUCCCAGAUCUUACUGUUUUGCCACUAUUGACAUUUACCACUAAUGCUGCUUUAGGAUGAUUUUUUUUGGUGUUCUGAAAUAAACAAUGGAUUAAAAAUAUAA